AUGGAGUUCUUUGAUGAUGAUACCAUUAGUAAUAUGAACAGAAUGGAUUUAAAAAAUAAGCCAAACAUUUUUGAUGAUUUAUUAGAAGAAGAUGAAGAAGUUGAGCAAGUGAAUGAGGAAGAUGUUAUUUUUUUGGGUGAUGAGAAAAAUAGAAAUGGUUUGCUAUUUAGAAGUAACUAUGAUACAGAAAGAAUUAAAUUUGAAAACGAAAAUAAAGCUGAAAAAAUAAUUUUUGGGAUUGAAGAAAGAAGAGAAGAAGAGUUAGAAAAAAGGGAAGAUGAAGUCAAGGUAGAGGUUGAGAUAGCAGAAAGAGAAAAAUUGAAUAGCAACCCAUUUGGUAUGGUAGAAAGAUUGGACUUUCAGGAAUUUAAUGAUAAUUUGAAUGAUAAUGAAUUUGAUAAUGAUUUUGGUAUUGACAAUAAAUUUGAAGACAAUGAAGAUGUUUUUUCGUUUUCACGAUUCAAUAGAAAUGUUAAUGAGGAAAAAGGAGUUUAUUCAAGGCAAAUUGAGCAUGUAAAAAAUAUAGAAACAGAGGAAAACGAUAUUUCAAAUAACUUAUUUGAAUUAAAUCAAAAGAAACAAGAUGAAAAAGGAAGAAAUUCAAAUAUUGAGAAAGAAAAGUUCAAUUCUGAAAAUUUAGCUUUAGAUAAUCAUAAAAUCACAAGCCAAAGUAUUCAGGAUGAUAGUAAACUCAACGAAAUUAAAGCAAGUUCGAAUUACUCUGACACAUACACUAAUAUAAACAAAGAAAAUAAAUCCACUUCUUUAGAGAAGAUUGAGAGUGAAAAAAUAGAGAAAAAUAUAUUGAGCCAUCAUCUCUCAGGCAAUUCUAAAGAAACAAAUAUUUACUCUUCCGCUAAUAGUGGUAAUGAGACUUGUGGGAUACCCAACAAUGUUACAAAAAGCAAUUGCCUCCAAUCUUCUAUUGAAGAUAUCGAUUGGAAUAAAGUGUGUAAAAUUAUUGAGAGUUUUGAAGAACAAACAGGAAAUAUUGGAAGAAAUCAAAUGCUUUUUAAGUCAAUUAUUUAUAAACUAGCCAAUGAGUUUAACAUUGUUGAUAAAUAA